ACAGACUACGAUGCGCCCGGCUCUCGGCCGUAGGCAACAAGUGCCCCGACAAGUCCGACCCUGAAUCAAGCGGUUGUUGGUGCGGCAGAAACGCGAUGGGUUUUGACGGCGGCGGCGUUCGUGCUAGCACGGCGGCCGUGACAUUGCUGUUGUGCUGUGCGGCCGUGCUGGGUCGGCCGUCGUCCAACGGUGACGUCACUGGCAACGGGGCUACGAGUGACGGCGGAAGCGGCGGAGGCGCUGCGCCGGCCGACGACGGCGACGAGCACCCGGUUGUGGCGACCACCACGGGGCUGAUCCGGGGCUACACGAAGAUCAUCGCCAACCAGGAGGUGCGGGUGUUCACCGGCAUACCGUUCGCCAAGCCGCCGGUGGGCCCGCUGAGGUUUCGCCGGCCGGUGCCGGUGGACCCGUGGCCGGGCGUGUUCAACGCCACCAAGUUGCCCAACACGUGCUACCAAGAGCGGUACGAGUAUUUCCCGGGGUUCGAGGGCGAGGAGAUGUGGAACCCCAACACCAAGUUGUCCGAGGACUGUCUGUACCUUAACAUCUGGGUACCGCGCAAACAGCGCACCAGGCACCAUUCCAACACUGCACACCGCUCCAAGAUCCCCGUGCUGGUGUGGAUCUACGGCGGCGGUUACAUGUCCGGCACUUCGACCCUGGACAUUUACGACGGAGACCUGAUGGCGGCCACCUUUGACGUGAUGAUCGCAUCGAUGCAGUACAGACUCGGGGCUUUUGGAUGGCUGUACUUGGCGCCGGAGCUGCCCGAAGACAGCGAUGACGCGCCGGGCAACAUGGGCUUGUGGGAUCAAGCGUUGGCCAUAAGGUGGAUAAAGGCUAACGCGGCGGCCUUUGGCGCCGAUCCGGACACCAUAACCCUGUUCGGAGAAUCCGCCGGCGGCGGGUCGGUCAGCGUGCAUCUGAUAUCGCCGGUCACCCGCGGGCUGGUUCGACGCGGCAUCUUACAGUCGGGAACGGUGAACGCGCCCUGGAGCUACAUGUCCGGCGAACGAGCUCUGGAAAUUGGCAAAAAGCUGUUGGACGACUGCAAGUGCAACUCGACGGACUUGACGGUGAACUGGCACUCGGCCAUGUCUUGCAUACGGUCCGUGGACGCCGGCACCAUUUCCAAAAAACAGUGGAACAGCUACUCGGGCAUUUUGGGUUUUCCGUCGGCGCCCACAGUGGACGGUCUGUUCUUGCCCGAAAGUCCUUUGGACAUGCUGAACAAGGCGAAUUUCACCGACAUCGAAAUACUCAUCGGUAGCAACCUGAACGAAGGUACAUAUUUUCUGUUGUACGAUUUUGUGGAUUUUUUCGAUCGCAUGCUGUCGACCCAGUUGACUAGAGAAAAAUUCAAGCACAUAGUCAACGUGAUAUUCAAAGACAGAACGCAGCUGGAGAGGGACGCUAUCAUGUACCAGUACACGGGAUGGGAAAAAAGAGACCUGGACGACGCGUACUCAAGCCAAAAGCAACUGAGCGACAUCGUGGCCGACUACUUCUUCGUGUGUCCGACCAACCUGUUCGCCAACAUCGUGUCCAACAGAGGAGCCCGGGUUUACUACUAUUUCUUCACACAUAGAACCGACUCGCACUUGUGGGCCGAAUGGAUGGGUGUCAUACACGGUGACGAGAUGCAAUACGUGUUCGGGCAUCCGUUGAACAUGUCAAUGCCGUACAACGCCAGGGAAAGGGAUCUGAGCAUCAGGAUAAUGGAAGCGUUCACCAGAUUCUCGUUAACCGGAACACCCGUUUCGGACGACAUAGACUGGCCACUGUACAACGAAUCGAAUCCCAGCUACCACGUUUGGAACACCGCCAAGUUGGAAGUGGGCUACGGGCCUAGGGCCACCGAGUGCCAAUUUUGGAACGGGUUUUUCCCGAAAAUCGCCGAAUCGCUGAAAAAGAGCAGUAAAAACGCCUGUGAAGAUUACAUCGACCUAAUGCUGCCCAACGCCAACGACAACUACACUUCUGUGCAACUGUCGGCCGCCGCCGCCGACCAUCAGGUCUACUCGAUCACUUGUAUCUUGGUCAUGUUGAUUGUAUCCGAGGUGUUGUAAAAAAAAAAAAAAAAAAACAA